UGGGUAAAAUUUGAGGUAAAAACUUUAAUAAAGUGGGAAAGUGAUUAAAAGUAGAUUGAUUGACAUGUGAAUAGUAAAGACUAUUCACAUUUGACUAAAAGUUUCAUACAUAAGCGGCAAUCCAAAAAAAGAGGGAGAUUAGUUCCUUACAUAUACCACUCCCUGCUUACACACACGCACACUUACAAACACUGCACACACACGCACACUGAAAACAAAAAAGACAGCUUCCAUGGUUGCAAUAUCUUCCACAGCUGCAACUUCUUCUUCAUUUUCUCCAGCUUCUUCCACACCAAGACCCCUAGACCUGCAAAUAGUAACAACGGAUGGUCAUGGUGCUGCAGUGGGGAAAAAGGGCUUUCGAACAUUGAAAAAGAGCGCAUAACACGUGUACUCUUAAUGUCCAGUAGGAGGGAUUAUUUGGGGUACUUGAAAGCUCAGAAAGGUAUUUUUGUCAUACUUGCUGAAGAGUAUGAAGUGUCCAGAAGAACUAUUUCUGGCAUUUGGGACACAGUUAAAAAGCAAGUUGUACAAGGUGAUGCAGUAAAUGUGUGUAGGAAGUACCAUGGCAGAAAAAGGAUAGAAUUUGAUCUAUCUCAAGUAUCACAGAUCCCACUGCAUAAAAGGACUACCAUAAGGUCCUUGGCAGCUGCCACCUCAAUAUCAAAGUCAAGUGUCCACAGAUUGGUUCAAAGUGGUAACAUCAGAAGGCAUACAAAUGCAAUAAAGCCAUUUCUAAGUGAUGCAAAUAAAUUGCAAAGAUUGAAGUUCUGUCUUAGUCAGAUAGAGAAGUCAGUGCCACAGAAGCCUACCUUUCAAACAUUUCAGAAUGUGAUUCACAUUGAUGAAAAAUGGUUUUUCAUGACAAAAAUAUCUCAAAGAUUAUACAUGAGGUUGGAAGAUGCUGAUCCACACAGAGUAUGCAAAUCAAAGAGGUUCAUAACUAAGGUCAUGUCCCUAGGUACAGUGGGUAGGCCCCUUUUUUCAGAAAGUGGUGAGGUCAUUUGGGAUGGAAAAAUAGGCAUGUUUCCAUUUGUUGAACAGGUUACAGCAAAAAGAAGAAGCAAAAACAGAAAUGCAGGUGUUAUGGAAACCAAGCCUAUUCUUAGCAUAACAAAGAAAGUGUUCAAGGACAUGUUAAUCAACACAGUCCUCCCAGCUAUCAAGGAAAAAUGGCCUUCACAGUUAAGCAAAGAAAUCAUAAUACAACAAGACAAUGCAAGGCCACACAUUUCACAUGAUGAUGCAGAGUAUGUGAGUGCUUCCAUGGCUGAUGGAUUUACAAUCACCCUUACUAACCAGCCCCCCAAUUCUCCGGACCUUAACAUCCUAGACCUAGGGUUUUUUAGGGCAAUACAAUCUUUGAAAGACCAGAAUGCACCCAAGACAGUGGAUGAACUGUUACAUGCAGUGGAUGAUGCUUUCAAACAACUAUCACCUCUGACUCUAAACAAAGUUUGGCUAAGCUAUCGGUAUGUUAUGAUUGAAGUUCUGAAAGUGCAGGGAGGCAACAAUUACAAGCUACCACACAAUGCAAAGGAUAGGAUGCAGUCAGAAGGGAUACUUCCAAAAACAAUUGAGGUAGAUGUUCAAUUAUUGGAAGCAACAGAACAGAUUCUAGGGCAACAAACAGGGGAUACUGAAAGUCAGGGGAACUUCAUAAUUGAAGAAGAUGAUGAUGAUCAUCAUCUUCAGUGAUGAAGUACAUGCUCAGACAUAAUAGGCCUUAAAUUUUUGUUUUUUGUACAGGCCUUAAUUUUGCAGGACAGACAGACAUUUAGAAUUAGUACUAACAUGCUCAGACAUUUUGUAAUACAUGCUGCAUACUCAGAUCUUUUGUAGAAGUACAAGCAUAGUCAGACAUUUUGUAAUAGUAGAAGCAUAGUGAUCUAGCAAUGGUCAUAAUGAUUUCAUCAUUUUGGGACAAGAACAACACACUCAGACCUUAUGAAUAACUACAACAUGAGCAUACACAUCACACACAAGUACUAAUCAUGGUCAUCAUAGUAUGCAUAAAGUACCACAUCACAGGAUCAUGGUCAUCAUAGUAUGCUUAAACUACCAAAAUACUUUCAUAUGGUCAUCAUAGUAUGCAUAAAAUACCACAUAUGAGGGUCAUGGUCAUCACAGUAUGCAUUAACCACCCAAACACUAUCAUAUGGUCAUCAUAGCAUGCAUAGAGUACCAUAUCACACCCUAAUGCUUUCAUCGUAGCAUACCACUCAGAAUGAACCAAUCAUAGCAGUAAAGAACCAGUACACACAAGGUCUACUUUCAUCACAGUAUGCAUAAAGAACCAGUACACACAAGGUCUACUUUCAUCACAGUGUGCAUAAAGAACCAGUACACACAAGGUCUACUUUCAUCACAGUAUGCAUAAAGAACCAGUACACACAAGGUCUACUUUCACAGUAUGCAUAAAGAACCAGUACACACAAGGUCUAAUUUCAUCACAGUAUGCAUAAAGAACCAUCACACAAGGUCUAGUUUAUCACAGUAUGCAAAGGGACAGUUUAAUGACAGUAUGCAUAAAGGACCAGUACACACAAGGUAUACUUUCAUCACAGUAUGCAUAACUACCAUUUAUAAUACAAAACCACCAUGUACAACCCACAUGCAUCACAAUAAACAUAAAAAAACAAUUUUUCAUCAUUGCUUCCCCCAAAUUACACACAAUGGACAUAGAGUACGAAUUAAACCAUAAAUGAAGAUAAGGUAUAGAAGAAACUCCCCUAAUCUGUGUCCACAUCCCACAUCCUUGUUUCCCAUUUUGGCAAAAUUAUUUUUAGGAACUCCUCCAGUCGGGGACUUCUCCGAAUAGGAUGCAUGUCAAUGUAUCUGCGUCUUUUAAGUCGAUUUGGGUCCACCGUCUCCCCCACGACCUCUGCAGGCUUCUCGCUUACAUCCUCGGGAAGCUCUUCUUCAAUGUCCGGGAUGAUGAGGAGGGCAUCCUCUGCCGGGGAGUUCUGAGCCAUGCACCUCGGAUGGAGUACCAAUACAGGGUCAUCUGUGUCCAACGCCACCGCUUCCUCGGGAAGAACAACCUCUUCACUGUCAAGGACGAUGAAGUGUUCAAUAUUCUCCAUACUCAAAGUAUUAGGGUUUAGAUCCAUAAAAAUGUGAGAGAGGGGGGGGGGGGGGGGGGGGCGGAAGGGUAGAUAGAUUUACAGAGGGGAAGAUGGAGGAAGUAAAUGGGAGAGACGGUUGGAGUAAUUGAGAGAGACAGAUGCAGUGACAGAGAAAGAGGAAGCGGUGGGAGUAAAUGGGAGAGAGGGAUGCGGGUGGGAGUAAAUGAGAGGGAGAGGGAUGUGAACGGGGGUAAAAGGGAAGGGGAGUGGGAAAGGGUUUUUUUUUAUUGGGGAGGGUAAAAUAGGGUUUUUGGUAUGAGUUGAUUUCCUUUUUAGGAAAGUUGGAAGAAUUAAUUGGGACGGCACAAAAAGGAAAACUGGAAGAAAUGACCGGGACGGAGGGAGUAAUAUAUAUUUUUCUGAAUUGCAUCUUUUUAUUUUCUUAUUUUAUCCUUUUAUGUAUCAUUUAACCUUAUUGUAUGAUUAAAAUUAUCAAACAACCAUUGCAUACUUAUUAAUACUCCGUACUUUAUUUUCUUAAAACGGAUGUUAGGAUGUUUUUAAUUGGACUGUAAUUUGUUGAUCUGGUCUGGUCUGGUCUGAACUGGUCUGGUCUGGUCUGGUUUCUUUGUAUUUUUAUAAAUAUCCAAGUCUGGUCUGAUCUGAUCUGGUCCGAACUGGUCUGGUCUGGUCUGGUAUGAUCUGGUCUGGUCUGAUCUGGGACGAAUUACGAUC